AUGCCUUUUAAAGCAUUUGAUACCUUCAGAGAGAAAAUUCUGAAACCUGGAAAGGAAGGAGUGAAGAAUGCCGUGGGAGAUUCCUUGGGGAUUUUACGAAGAAAAAUCGACGGGACCAACGAGGAAGAAAAUAACAUCGAGCUGAAUGCAGACGGGAGGCCAGUGCAGACGCCCCGGCAGAGCGCCACCCUCUGCGACUGCCAGUGCUGCGGCAUCCCCAAGCGUUACAUCAUUGCCAUCAUGAGCGGGCUGGGAUUCUGCAUUUCCUUUGGGAUCCGGUGCAACCUUGGAGUGGCCAUCGUGGAAAUGGUCAACAACAGCACUGUCUAUGUUGACGGAAAGCCGGAAAUUCGGACAGCACAGUUUAACUGGGAUCCAGAGACAGUGGGCUUUAUCCAUGGAUCUUUUUUCUGGGGUUAUAUUGUGACACAAAUUCCAGGUGGUUUCAUUUCAAACAAGUUUGCCGCUAACAGGGUUUUUGGAGCUGCCAUCUUCUUAACAUCGACCUUGAACAUGUUCAUUCCUUCUGCAGCCAGAGUGCACUACGGCUGCGUCAUGUGUGUCAGAAUUUUGCAAGGUCUGGUGGAGGGCGUGACCUACCCAGCCUGCCACGGGAUGUGGAGUAAGUGGGCACCACCCUUGGAGAGAAGCCGACUGGCCACGACCUCUUUUUGUGGUUCCUAUGCGGGGGCAGUGAUCGCCAUGCCCCUGGCGGGCGUGCUGGUGCAGUACAUUGGCUGGGCCUCUGUCUUUUAUAUUUAUGGUAUGUUUGGCAUCAUUUGGUACAUGUUUUGGCUGUUGCAGGCCUAUGAGUGCCCGGCAGCUCAUCCGACGAUAUCGGAUGCGGAGAGGACCUAUAUAGAGACAAGUAUAGGGGAAGGAGCCAACUCGGUUAGCCUGAGUAAAUUUAAUACACCAUGGAAAAAAUUUUUCACAUCAUUGCCGGUUUAUGCAAUCAUUGUAGCAAAUUUUUGCAGAAGCUGGACCUUUUAUUUGCUGUUAAUAAGUCAGCCUGCUUAUUUUGAAGAGGUCUUCGGAUUUGCAAUAAGUAAGGUGGGUCUCCUGUCGGCACUCCCACACAUGGUCAUGACCAUCAUUGUACCUAUCGGAGGACAGCUGGCUGAUUAUUUAAGAAGCAGAAAAAUUUUGACCACAACUGCUGUCAGAAAAAUCAUGAACUGUGGAGGUUUCGGCAUGGAGGCAACCUUACUCCUGGUGGUUGGCUUUUCCCAUACCAAAGGGGUGGCCAUCUCCUUCCUGGUGCUUGCCGUGGGAUUUAGUGGCUUCGCUAUUUCAGGUUUUAAUGUCAACCACCUGGACAUUGCCCCCCGUUAUGCCAGCAUCCUCAUGGGCAUCUCAAACGGAGUAGGAACACUCUCUGGGAUGGUCUGUCCCCUCAUCGUUGGUGCAAUGACCAAGCACAAGACCCGUGAAGAAUGGCAGAACGUGUUCCUCAUCGCUGCCCUGGUGCACUACAGUGGCGUGAUCUUCUACGGGGUCUUUGCCUCUGGGGAGAAACAGGAGUGGGCCGACCCCGAGAACCUCUCGGAGGAGAAGUGUGGAAUCAUUGACCAAGAUGAACUAGCUGAGGAGACAGAACUCAAUCACGAGACUUUUGCAAGUCCCAGAAAGAAGAUGUCAUAUGGAGCCACCACCCAGAAUUGUGAAAUCCAGGAGAAGGGAUGGAGGGGACAGAGAGGGGUGACCUUGGAUGAGGAAGAGCUGUCAUAUUAUCAGAAUGAGGAGGGAAGCUUCUCGGACACAUCCUAGUGUCUGGGGGGCACUCCUGUCCUCCCCUCACUGCACAACCAGAAAGUAUCUGUUCCUAUCGCCUUCCCGUAGCCCAGCUUGCCAGAGGGUUCAAUGUGGGGCCGCUGGAGGUGGGGGGAGGGGGAGAGAUGAUUUCAUCAGCAAUAGAGAAAAGAAAUAUUAUCUUGCAAUACUUGUGGGAAUGGAGCUUGCUUUAAGCUGACAAAAUGGGUAUAUAUAUACAUGUAUAUAUCUCAAAACCAUGUUUCGUUUUGUUGUUAAAGAAAAUGGGAGGAAAUGGGGAUGUUUGGCCUGGAGGAGAGAAAACAGUAGCUGCUGCUGCGUUUCCGAGAGCAGCCACGCAGAGGAGGGUGUCCUGUUCCUGGUGCAGGCUGCUGCUCGCGGAGGCCCUGAGCUGUGCCAGGUGCUUUGUCAACAUUCUCCUUUAAUCUUCACACCCACAACGACACACAUUUCUUAUCCCCACUUCACAACCAAGGAAAGGAGAGCGACAAGAGACUGCCGUGCCCAGAGUCGUUCUGCCAGGGCCGGUGCCGAGCCUGGUGGGGUCCCAAAUGUGCAGCCAUUGUGGGGAAGAAGGUUUCCCCUUAGGGUAGGAAAGACAUUUUUAAUAAUGAAAACUGAAAUGCAGUGGGUCAUCUUGUGCGUGACUGCACAUCUUGGCAGGUGCAGAGGAUGGGAACAUUUUGGGUGGAUGUGGCAGAGCUUUCAAUCGUUGUAUGAGGGACUAGAUUCAGACUCCUGGGUGCCUGUAUGAUCUAAAACAUCAAAUGGUUCUGUGAAUGUGUAGUGUGUGUGUGUUUUUUUUAUAAUAAGGGUCACAGAUUAUAGGAGAGAUUCAAAUAGGUUUUUAAAAAGAGAGAAAGACAAAGCUAUACAAGAUAUUAUAUUUCUGGCAAUCUCUGGUCAGAAUGGCCAGGAAGAAGUAAACAAAGGCUUGGCUAUUUAACUUCAACCCUUUAUAAUAUCAAGAAUGUUGUGAAGUAAUGUCCCAAAUGACUCAUAAGUCAUUAAGACAUUUAGAAAGUAAAAAAUCAGCUCAUGCAUGUUAGUAGGUACAAUUCUCUGGGAAAAGUCUUCAGUUUGAAAAAUGUAUGUCUGGAGCCAUUUCUGCUGGUGAUGUUAGGAAGUCUGAUCGAGUUUUACAAAGUUGUGACUGGUGCAUCCUUCAUGACCGUAUUUGGAACGAUGUUCAGGGGAAACAAUAACACAACAGUCGUCAGAGAGGGGACACUAGAAUGGGAACUCCGGGGACAACCAGGCCUCGUGCUGAAAAAUUCAUCUUUGAUUGCAUAAGGCAAUAAUGUGGAUACUCUUUCAAUAUAUUUUAAACUUUAAUGUUGGCAUGUAAAGGGUCGUUUGAAAAUAAAAUUAUUUUCC